AUGAAGGCUUCUGUCGCUGCCGCCAUCUUGGUUUUCACUGCCUCUGCUUCCGCGAAGAGCUUGUUCAACAAGCGCGCCGACUUCCCCAUUCCUGCUUCGCAGGGCUCGGUCACGUACGAUGCCGCCGAGGAGAUCUCCGGUACUUUCGAUGGUGGUCUGAAGACCUACGGUCGUGGCGUCUCCUGCACUGGUCAGGAGGAGGGUGACGAUUCCGACGCUGUUUUCAUCCUCAAAGAUGGAGCUACGCUCAAGAACGCGAUUAUCGGUGCCGAUCAGAUCGAGGGUGUUCACUGCGAGGGCUCUUGCACCAUUGAGAACGUUUGGUGGGAGGCUGUAUGUGAGGAUGCUCUCUCCCUCAAGGGCGACGGCGAUGCCACUGUUACCGGCGGUGGUGCCACUGGCGCAGAGGACAAGGUCAUCCAGCACAACGGUGCCGGAACCGUCACCAUCGACGGCUUCACCGUCGUCGACUUCGGCAAGCUCUACCGCGCCUGCGGAAACUGCAAACAGAGUGCCGAGCGUCAUGUCGUUAUCAAGAACGUUGUUGCUGAGUCUGGCAAGCUUCUUGCUGGCAUCAACAGCAACUUCGGUGACACUGCUACUAUCUCCGGCACCUGCGCAACAGGUGUUAAGGCGAUUUGCACUGAGUUCGAGGGUACCACCCCUGGUAACGAGCCGGAAGAGACCUCGUCCGGCCCUAGCAACGCUUGCAUCUACACCGAAUCUGAGAUCGCUACGUGCUAGAGGGUGGUGCGAGUGGAUGAGCAUCUUCAAAGUGUUCUUUGGAAUGCAUCAAAAGGGGACUGGAAACCUUUGAACGGGUUCUUGUAAAUAUACAUUCGAAGCAUAUGC